UGUUGCUCUUUGUUGAGUUGGAUUGUUUCUUUGUGUGUGAAUUUUCUUUCUCGUAGGUUAAAAACGUAAAUAUUUUUCUUUUUGUGAGCACGGUUCAUCAGACUAGCUAGCUGCAGCAUAGAAAGCAAAGCAGUCUUUUUCUGCAGUUGUGUCACGCAAAUACUUUUGGAAUAAGUGGAAGAGUGAAAAAGUGCCCAAGAAAACGCCAUUUGUGGUGGUAAAAACUGUGGAUCCAUUUACGGAAGUGGGUGCUACUGGUUACUAUCAUGACGAUUAAGCCAGUGGUGAACCAAAAAAACUCGAAAGAAGAUAGCCAGGAAGGUUCUUCACAAAACCUGGUGAACAACGGAGCGGUUGUUCGUAACACACAUCGGAAUGUUGUUCUGAAUCAGCUGUCGACGUCAGAGAGUCAACAACUUCCGAGAGAAAAACGGGUUCACACUCCGCACAGUUUUGACAAUGAAAGUGUUCGCCAUAGAAGAAGCCCACACAAAAAUCUUGGUCGUACAAAGCGUGAACACCAUCACAAGAGAGAGAACCGCGAGCGUGACAAAAAUGCCUCGCCUAAUUAUCAAGCCGUUUUGCCUUCUGCGAGCACUAAGAAACAAUCGACGUCGUCAUGUCCCAGCCCGUUGGCAAGCGCUGGAGGACGUUCACCCAAAAGUACUGUCGCCUCCGGAACAAAUCUUAACGUGACGACUAACAGUAGCAAUAAAAAUCCAAUCAAUCUCACUGUUGCAAGUGAAGAAACUCUUUCCGGUUACAACAGUGGCGAUGAACAUGUCGGACAAAAGGACGCACAGCUUAGCCCAGACGAGUGGAAGAAACGAGACGAAGCGUUCAGUAAAAUCAUGUCGGAUCGAGGGUUUAUCAUCAAGGAUAUGGUCGAAGAUGGCGCUUGUCUGUUUCGGGCAAUAUCACUCCAAAUCUAUGGCGAUCAGGAUAUGCACGAAGUUAUCAGGCAGCAGACAAUGGAUUAUAUUUAUCAAAAUCGUGAAUAUUUUGCACAGUUUGUAACAGAGGAUAUUGACAGUUAUGUAUCCCGGAAAAGAGCAAAUCAUGUUCAUGGUAAUCAUAUAGAAAUUCAAGCAAUGUCCGAAAUGUACAACCGCUCGGUGGAGUUGUAUUGUUAUCAGUUAGAACCAAUCAACAUCUUCAAUUCCGAUCAAAGUAAUAACGGAAACGAGCCGUUGCGGUUAUCGUACCAGCGUUGCUCUCACUACAAUGCUAUUAUGGAUCCGUACAAAGCCUCGGUAGGGGUUGGUUUAGGUUUAGCUGGUUAUAGGCCAGAUGAAUUGGACAUUAAACAAGUGGCCGAUGCUGUACGGAUGAGCGAAGAAUUAGAGAUCGAGCAAACCAUGUUUGAAGAUAAAUUAAAAACCACCGAUUGGGAAGCUACAAAUGAAGCAAUUGAGGAACAGAUAGCGAGAGAAUCCUAUCUACAAUGGUGCCGUGACAAUAUGCGCAAUAGCCCUGGAAAGAACAGCAAAAGCACCAGUACCAUAACAUCCAGUGAUGUGGGCGGAAGUGGUUGUUGUAGCACGGCAGUCAGUCCAGAAAAAUCACCCAAACUAAGCUUAGAAGCAGCAACAUCGUACUCGGAAUCACUCUUGCGAGACUUGCGUAAAUCAGCAUCUCCUUCACCGUCGAACCUUUCCUUCAGCCAAGGAAGCUGUUCUUCCAGUUCAAAGAACAGUUCGUUUGAAUUGGAAUGCUCUCUUCCGGAGACGUCUUGUUCUGUCCCUUACUACUUCAACAACAGUAAUAGACGAAAGAAAAGGAAUCUAAAUUCUCCAAUUGAUAAAUCCAGCACAGAAUUACCACCCAAAAAAGCAAAACUUAUCACCAAUCGAACAAACGAAAGUGAAACAGAUAGUGGUGCAAGCACUUCCGGUACAGCAAACAACGACAACCGACCCCGAAGUGAACCAGUCUCCGAAUUUUAUCAGUCGUUGCUAGAAUCUUCGUACACCGAUGAUGGUAGUUUCGCCCAACUAAGCGAAAGAGAAAUGAUACAAAAAGCGCUGGCAGAGUCGGCAAUGGAUUUUGUAAAACGAAGUGAUCGAACCAAAAGUUCACAGGACGACAAAUACGGUACCACUGACGAGGAGUACGAUUCGCCUUCGCCUUAAUUUAGCAAAUUAGAUAGGCGCGCGUAAAAAGGUUUUUUUUUUCUAUUUUCGGAAAAAUGAUCUUCAUGCGUUAAGGUAUCGGGACAACGCUGAUGCUUGCUAGCGUUCGUGCACGCCGUUAACAGUUAGAGGCGUUGCUGUAUAUACAAUUUAGUAGCAAGCGGCGACAAGCUCUAAUUCUAAGGCCAGCCAGUUUUUGGUUUGCCAUGUGAAAUCAUAUUGCAGUAGAGAUAGCGUUACAUUUAUUGGGUUUAGAGAAAAUUUGUGAGUUCACAAUGGUUAUAGGUAAGAUUUUCUUCUAUCAAUAUUUAUACUGUCUCUACCUUUAGAAGAAACAACCUGUUUACUUUACCAAAUCAAGUAAUUGCAAAAGAUUAAUACCUAUUUGAGAAAACUUGUGAAAAUAAUUUUAGCUUGUUCACGAUUGAAUCACAUGUCUAAAUUCAAACUCACCUUUUGCCGUUGUUUAUUUAGUUAUGCUAACAUAUUUGAUAUAUCCCUACUACUAUAAAUAAAAAUGUAGACAUUCAUAAGUGUAGACGUUUAACAUAGAGCGAGAAGUAUAUGUUUGAAUUGAAAUACCACAAUAAUAAAUGUAAAAUAAAAUUA